AUGCCCGGCGUCUUUUAUGUGACCAAAUACUAUCUAUCUAUCUAUCUAUCUAUCUAUCUAUCUAUCUAUCCAGUGGUGGGGGAGAGAAGAAAAUGGAGAAAAAAUCGCUCUCACUUUCAACCCACCUCUCUCUUUCUUUCCACCUCUCUCUCUUUCCACUCCCACUCUCUUUCCACGUCUCUCUUUCUACAUAUCUCUCUGUCCACUUCUCUCUCUUUUCAUCUCUCUCUUUCCACAUCUCUCUCUUUCUACCUCUCUAUUUUCAUCUCUCUCUUCCUACCUCUCUCUGUUCAUCUCUCUCUUUCCACCCCCACUCUCCUUCCACCCCCACUCUCUUCCCACGUCUCUCUUUCUACAUCUCUCUCUUUCCACCUCUCUUUUAAUCUCACACUUUCCACAUCGCUCUCUUUCUACCUCUCUAUUUUCAUCUCUCUCUUCCUACCUCUCUCUUUCCUCCUCUCUCUCUUUCCUCCUCUCUCUCUUUCCACCUUCCCGUGA